CCCGAUGUGGGAGGAGGAGGACGAGUGCCUGCACUUCCACGGCAUGCUGUCCCUGCACCGCCUCUUCGAGGUGCUGGCCGCGCAGCUGACCCCGGCCGACGUCACCGUGCUGUCCUUCCUGCUGGACGAGGCCCUGUCACCACCCGCCGGGGACGGUGACAGCGGGGCCAGCCCCCCGAGGGGGCGGCGGGACCCCCGGGACGGGCUGGAGCUGCUGCUGGAGCUGGAGCGGCGCGGGCUGUGCCACGAGGGGGACCUGGGCCUGCUGCGGCAGCUGCUGCGGCUGCUGGCGCGCCACGACCUGCUCAGGUGUGUGACGCUGAAGAGACCGCGGCCAGUGUCCCCAGACCGUGUCACCUGU